UUGAAAUGGCCGUCUCAUUCCUCCAAAACUUCUGCAGUCUAUUUCGUUUUCAUCUGAAUUUAGGACUGAAUUUGAGGUUUGAUUAAUUUGGUAUUCAGGAGAAAGGCUCUUCAUAAAUCCUUGGAUUUAUCACUUCUAGCCAUUAGAAUUCUACUUUCUGAAUAUCUUUCAUGAGGAUGGAAAUUAUGGCGAGUGUUAGAACAAUGUUUAAAUCGAGUCGAGUUCUCGUAGGCUGUUGCCGCCGCUAUGCUGCCUCUACCUCUGGAGGUGACCAGGCCAGACUUCAGGGGCUGAAAGCUCUCCGGCUUCCGCAGAUGAAUAAGGGUACAGCAUUCACCUUGAGGGAGCGCCAGGCAUUGGGUAUCCAUGGCUUGCUACCACCUGUCAUCAGCUCUAUGGAGCUACAGGAAGAAAGGAUCCUACACAACCUCAAAGAUCACAGUCCUCUUGAUAAAUAUGUACAGCUUAUGGAUUUACAGGAUCGUAAUGAGAAGCUUUUCUACAGGGUCUUGUGUAAUCACAUCACAGAUAUGAUGCCCAUCGUGUAUACGCCCACUGUUGGGUUGGCAUGCCAACGGUAUGGCUACAUCUUCCGCCGACCGAGGGGGCUCUUCAUUACCAAGUACGAUAAGGGACAUGUCCGGGACAUCAUCGCAUCCUGGCCAGAGCAAAACGUGAAGGCUAUUGUCGUUACUGAUGGAGAGAGAAUCCUAGGCCUGGGUGAUCUAGGCUGUUAUGGUAUGGGUAUUCCUGUGGGUAAACUAGCUCUGUAUACAGCCAUUGCUGGUGUACAUCCUUCACAGUGUCUACCUGUCAUGAUCGAUGUCGGAACAGACCGCCAGUCACUACUUGACGAUCCACUCUACAUUGGUUUGAAGGACAAGCGGGAUCGAUCUGAAAACUAUGACCAACUUAUUGAUGAAUUCAUGGAGGCAGUGGUUGAAAGGUAUGGACAGAAUUGCUUGAUCCAGUUUGAAGACUUUGCCAACAACAAUGCGUUCAGGCUUCUUGAGAAAUACCGCAACAAGUACACUGUUUUCAAUGAUGAUAUACAGGGUACAGCAUCAGUGGCUGUGGCAGGGUUACUUGCUAGCUUGAGGAUCACCAAGACAAAGCUUAGUGAGAAUAAAUUCCUUUUCCAGGGUGCCGGUGAGGCCUCAUUAGGUAUAGCUGAUCUUAUAGUCAACGCCAUGCAGGAAGAAGGGCUCAGUGUAGAGAAUGCUAGACAGAGGAUCUGGCUUGUGGAUUCUAGAGGUCUGAUUGUCAAGGGUAGGCCUUCUGGCGGUAUCUCGGACCACAAAGCUCGCUACGCCCAUGAACACAAACACAUGACAGAUCUACCUGAAAUAGUCAACGCAGUCAAACCAACUGUACUUAUUGGUGCUGCUGCGAUCAGCGGCGUCUUCACACCUGAUAUCCUCAAGGCUAUGGCAUCCUUCAACAAGCGCCCCGUUAUCUUUGCUCUGAGCAACCCCACAAGCAAGGCUGAGUGCACUGCAGAACAAGCCUAUACACACACCAAUGGUCAAUGUGUGUUUGCCAGUGGAAGCCCCUUUGAUCCGUUCACAUUACCCAACGGGAAGACACUGGUACCAGGACAAGGCAACAAUGCUUACGUCUUUCCCGGUGUAGCUCUUGGUAUCAUUGCCUUUGGGAUCCGGCAUGUCAGUGAUUCAAUCUUCCUUGAGGCAGCAAAGUGCAUUGCCAAUUUAGUGACCGAAGCUCACCUCGGCGAGGGACGUGUCUACCCCCCUCUUGAAGACGUGAGAGAAGUAUCCGUCCAAAUCGCAGUCCGUGUCGGUGAGUAUGCUUAUGGGACCAGUAUGGCGUCCAAGUACCCCCGGCCAGACGACAUGGAGGCGUACGUAAGGAAAUGCAUCUAUGACUACGAGUACGAGUCGUUCACGCCUGAUUACUACGACUGGCCCAACACCGAGUCCAAGUACUAGGUGUUAUAAUCUUAACCUCUGUGAUAAGAACUAAAAAUAAUUUGAAGGAAAUACAAAGACACAUAUCUAUAGAUUUAAAACAAAUUUUUAUGCCAUUUAUGCCAUAGACAAUCUAUUUUGCAACUUGACAUUUGCUGGUUAUUUAAAGAUUAUGCAGAUAUAUCCCACCUCUCAUUGAGUUGGCUUAUUCUUACAUUUUUUUAAUUUUCAAAGUGCUUACGUACGUGUGGUGUAUGUAGAAUGGUGGUGAAUGAAAAUUACUAGUAGUGUUUAUUGAUAUUAUGUAAAUGUUAUAUUUUUUUUUAUUCUUUUGAAAGUUCGUGCACAAAACUGAGAAGAGUGCGGUGAUCAUGGGAACGGUUUGUGGAUUUUUUUUAUCCUUGUGCACUUCUUUGUUCCCUGAUGUGUAUAUUCUAUUUUGCGGAGACCCCCUUUGUCGUUAGAAGACUAUUUACCAAGGUAUUCAAAUG